CUACAGUACACUCGAGCCACUACAACACAAAACACCACCGUCUGUUUACAGUCUCUCUAAUAGCUGCGGUUGGACAACACCAUUUUACAGGCAUUACUUUUUUAUUUAAAUCCUCUGUUGUUCUUCCGAGCCCGGGACUGUCUGGGAUCACAGCACAUACAACGGCAGAAACAAUAUUUUUGUUUGAAUUUUGAGGAGAAGUCUCAACACCUGCCUUUGUUAGCAAGUUAGCCUCGCGUGUCCUUAUAGAAGCUCCUCAUCCGUUAUUCUGUGUUUUAUUUAUUUUUUAUUUUAUGUAUUAAUUUAUUCAGUCAGACAGCAGUUGUAGCUAAACCUGUGCUAACGGAGCAGCUCUUUGUUCGUGCCUCGGAAAAAAAAAACACACCAGCACCGCCAAGAAAGAAAGCCAUACAGGAUUGGAAUGACAUGAGGGUGAGAUGAUGAUGGUGAUGAAGAGGAGACAGAGCUGAGAGCUGAGUGUGUGUGGUGGUGUUGCGUUCACAUUGGGAGCGGAAAGAACCCCCUCCCCCACACACACUGCAUCCAUGUUCUCCCCUGACCAGGAAAACAUCUCCACGUCGUCAACCAAAGUGCCAGUCAAAUACGGAGAACUCAUUGUGCUCGGGUAUAAUGGCUCUCUACCCAACGGGGACCGCGGCAGAAGGAAGAGCAGAUUUGCUCUUUUCAAAAGACCCAAAUCCAACGGCGUCAAACCCAGCACUGUACACGUAGCCUGCACCCCACAGGCGGCCAAGGCCAUAAGUAACAAGGAUCAGCACAGUAUUUCCUACACGUUGUCCCGAGUACAGACGGUGGUGGUGGAGUACACUCAAGACAGCAAUACAGACAUGUUUCAGAUUGGCCGCUCUACUGAGAGUCCAAUUGAUUUUGUGGUGACCGACACAGUUCCCGGAAGUCAGAGUAACUCUGACACUCAGUCAGUUCAGAGCACCAUAUCUCGCUUCGCAUGCCGGAUCAUGUGUCAGCGAACGCCUCCUUAUACCGCCCGCAUCUAUGCCGCCGGAUUCGACUCCUCCAAGAACAUCUUCCUUGGGGAGAAAGCAGCAAAGUGGAAGACAUCGGAAGGACAGAUGGAUGGUCUGACUACUAACGGUGUGUUAGUAAUGCAUCCUCGUCACGGUUUCACAGAGGACUCCAAACCAGGCGUGUGGAGAGAAAUUUCGGUGUGCGGAAACGUGUUCACACUGAGAGAGACUCGUUCGGCUCAGCAGCGAGGGAAAAUGGUGGACAAUGAGACUCAAGAGUUGGUGGAUGGCUCUUUGAUCGAUCUCUGUGGAGCGACUCUCUUGUGGCGUACUGCUGAAGGGCUUUCCCGCACCCCCACCGUCAAACACCUGGAGGCGCUCCGGCAAGAGCUGAAUGCUGCUCGUCCCCAGUGUCCCGUGGGUUUCAACACUCUCGCCUUCCCUAGCAUGCGGAGGAAGGACAUCGUGGACGAGAAGCAGCCCUGGGUCUACCUAAACUGCGGCCACGUUCACGGCUACCACAACUGGGGCAACCGAGAUGCAGAGCGUGAAGGAAGGGAGGGCCGGGAGCGGGAAUGUCCCAUGUGUCGCGCUCGCGGGCCAUACGUGCCGCUGUGGCUGGGCUGCGAGGCGGGGUUUUAUCUAGAUGCAGCCCCUCCCACUCAUGGAUUCAGCCCGUGCGGCCACGUGUGCUCAGAAAAAACAGCUGCAUUUUGGAGUCAAAUCCCUCUUCCUCACGGAACGCACACCUUCCAUGCCGCAUGUCCUUUCUGCGCCCAGCAGCUCAACGGUGAGCAGGGAUACAUCAGACUGAUCUUCCAGGGGCCCGUGGACUAAACACACCUGCCUAUGACCUUUUGCCCCAGUAACCCCAUUUGACAAACAUUAGUCAGGCGUUUCUUUCUGUUGUUUCUAUAAUUUGAUUUUAUAAAGAUGACAUUUUCUGCGCUCUCAGACUGUUUUCUUCCCUCCCUUUCUGGUUUGUAAGUGACCUUUAUAAUGCUUUUUUUGAAUACAGAGAAAAACAAAUAUAUAUUUUCAAAUAAAAUAAUAAAAGCAAAAAAAAAAGAAAGAAAAAAAGAAAGAAUAGACCUCUUCAGAACAGCAGAGCACAUGCACACCCACGUUUGAGCAAUCUGAUUGGGUGGCUCUGCUUGUCAUUUGAAGUAGUGAGCGUGGCCAUUACAGAUGGUGGCAUGUACAGUGUUUAUUUGCUAACAGUAAUACUCAGCAUUAGAGAGGCAAUACACCAUCCAUAUGUUUAUGAUGAGUACUCAGUUCAUUCAAUAAUUCACAUCAUUUCACAAAGCAACUACAUAUAGAUUACAGAUAACCAUUUUCCAUAUAUGUCUAACUUAAAUACUUAAAGUUUUUUUUAUUUAUACACUAUCAAUGUUUAUCAAAGAUAAAAAUGUAUAGGUGUGUUUUUGGGGAGUUAUGUUCUAUGUAGCUGUUUUUUGUUUUCUCUUCCUCUGUCUUUAUUGUAAGUCUCUUCCACUUGUUGCAUUCUAUAAUGUUCAGAUUUUCCCUCAUUUGUUCUCAUUUAAAUAGGAUACAUAUGCUUAUGUAAGUGAAAUCUUCUCUGCAAUACUGAACCAACAAGGUCAUGCUCAGAGAAACGUUCUUGCUGAACUCCAGAAAGCUCUAGAGGCCUAAAAAUGUUCACCUCCCUUCAAGCACAGGCCAAAACCACAUCCCCUGUCAGCGGCUCUGCACGUCAGCGAGUGUUUGCUGAAAUGUGUUGUUCAUAAGAGUGUCCGUAAGGUCCCUGUUUUCUGUUUGAGCCUUUUCUGUUUAGAUGAGUUUAGUCCCACCCUUGUUUAUUUUGUGGACAUUGGGAAAUAAUUUCCAUCCUUUGUGCAAAAAGCAGCACUCUUUUUUUUCUUCUUCUUUUUUUAUGUUUCUUAUUUGCUUUUCUACUCUGGUCAUACUGAGAUGUGAUUUGUUGUGUUACCCAACAGCUACUGGGAACUUUAUUAAAGCAGAAAUUGUCAUUUGUUCCUUGUUUAGUUUAAAAUGUAUAUUAAAAAUGUUAUUUCUAAAAUGAAUGACAGUCCCCCCCCCCCCAUGAGCAAGGAACUAAAGAAACACAAUUUUUUGUUCUAUGGAAGAAAGUAUAGAUUUGGGAUGAUAGCGUUUAUUUUUUCUUCUAUUCUUUUGACAAAUUUUAGGUCCCCUCAAAGAAUGAACCUCUAUGUGUAUGUAUAUGUGUGUCUGACUGAGUACGCUAAUAUAUUUGAAUUUGUGUAAUGAUGUUUUUGACUUUGAUUUCAUGUAGUACAUGCUGUCGUAUGUACGGUGCAAAUGUUAAAUGUGCUGUACUGUGUUACUUGUAACAAUCUGGAGAGCAUUCGUUGAGUCUGAAAGGUUGAGAAUCCCAGGACUGUGUGAAGUGGAUUCUCUGCCAGAGAAGUUCAGGCUCGACUUCCAGAAAUUGUUCAGUUCCUGCUGUUCUGAACAGCACCCAGACACAGCAUACUGGUGCAGUUUUCACCUCAGGGAGUUUCCUCCAUCUUUACCACCAGGGCAUGUGUUCAUGAAGUAUUUCAGAUCCAGACAGCUGAUCUUGGGUUCUGUUGCGUGUGGGGAGAUCCAGACCACACUCUGCUAAAAGUGCUACGAGCGACUAUGAAGCUUGAUCCCGCCACAGACAUAUUAGCUCUUCUCCUGUGCUUAGCCGACCCCCCCAUUUGAGGAUGCUUCAUUAGCAAAGUAAUUCUCCAUCAUCUCCUCAUGUGUGAGUGUUUUUCUAAGUAUUAAACAAACACAGAUUUGUUAGACACAUUUGACUUUUUAAAGGGCAUCGCUCGUUUGUCUCUGUAGAGACGGCGUGUAAAGGGCUUUUUUCCUUUUCAUUUUUUUGUUUAUUUGUUUGAGUUCUUUGACGUCACUUUGUUCUAACUGGUCUGCUUGAUCUUAGUGUGUGUGUGUGUGUGUGUGUGUGUGUGUGAGAGAGUGUGUGUGUCCCCUAUGUUCUGAAAAAUCUGAAUGCAUAAAGGCAAGUGCUGAGAAUGUUUCUGAUCUACCAUUUUGUACCAACUUUAAACAAAUAAAAUCUUAAAAAGCA